AUGGCGGUACACCACUCCAAGAAAACUCUGGCAACUUUUCUGCAGAUAUGCAUCUCCCCUCCACCACCUACUCCUUCUCCGCCUCCUCCACCACCUCCUUCUUAUGCUGACUCAAAUGAGUAUCCUAGUGAUCCUAGGCUAAGAAAGAACAUCCUCGAGUAUAAUGUGAAUGAAAGAGAGAUUGUUCGACGUUACUAUUUGCAAAAAGAUCCGUUUCAGCCUAAGAAAUAUGAAUUUCCUUGGCGUUCUUAUCCAAAGGAGAAACGAAGAUUUCGAGCUAUAUGGUUUAGUCUUUAUCCUAAUUGGCUAGAAUACAACAUUGCAAAAGAUGCGACCUUCUGUCUUUAUUGCUAUUUAUUCAAAGUGGAUCGUGGUAGUCAAACAGAUGGUGAUUCUUUUGUUACUGAGAAAUUUAAAAAUUGGAGAAAGAAAGAAAAAUUUCAUAAACAUGUUGGAAAUCAAAGUGGUUUUCACAACAAGUACUUACUCAAUCAUGGUAAUUUUCUUGAACUGUUAAGAUUUCUGGCUGAUCAUAAUGAGGAUAUCAAUAAAGUUGCACUGGACAAUGCUCCCUCAAAUCUCAAAAUGUCAUCGCCUGAUAUUCAACAAGAUAUUAUCAGAUCCAUUGCAUAUUUAACCACAAAUUCUAUUCUUGAAGAUCUUGGUGAUGAAUUAUUUACUAUAUUAGUUGAUGAAGCUCGUGAUGUAUCUGUUAAAGAACAAAUGACAGUUGCUUUACGAUUUGUAGAUGAAAGGGGAAAUAUUGUUGAACGCUUUCUAGGCAUUAUACAUGUAAGCAACACUACUGCCUUAUCACUUAAGACUGCUAUUGAUUCUUUGUUGUGCCAAUAUGGAUUAUCUAUAUCUAAUUUACGAGGGCAAGGAUACAAUGGAGCUAGCAAUAUGAGAGGAGAACCCAAUGGCUUAAAAAGUUUAAUUAUGAUGGAGAAUAAGUUUGCUUAUUAUGUUCAUUGUUUUGAACAAUAUUGUUGGAGCGUCAUGCAAGCGAAGAGACAUACUUCGUGA